UAUACAGGUUUUUCCAAUUCUAUCAACAAUUAUGGUGGCAAGUGCAUUCUGGAUCGGUCCACUGCUAUCAUUUGCCGCAAUAACGAACAACAUCUUUCCCAGCCUUGCUGACGAUGAAUCUAUUUCAGUUAGCAAAGCAAUCAACCUCUGGGCUACAAAAACAUUUGUUUCAUAUUUUACCGAGUUUACACUACCACCGACCGUAGACGUAGCAUCUGGUAUUCGGUUUUACUGUGCCAACGAGGAACUAAAUUUUGAAGAAGUUGGCAAAUCUGGAGUCAUAGUUGAUGUCUCAUUGGAUAAGUUGAAGGAAGUUGUAAAUGUGUGGGCAACAUCCAACCUUGUCUCUUCUGAAACAUCUGCAAACAUUGGCUAUAUAUUCAAGAAAGAAAAUUUUCGGACGAUACUGGAGGCUGUUCAAGUUCGAGAAGAUGGACAGAUCAUUUAUGGAACAUUUGGAUUCAUUGAAUUGGUUUCAACUGGAAACAGUAGAGUGGGAGCAGUUUUAUAUUCGUUUAAAAAAUUCAAACUUCAAACACCAACAGACGUCGCCUGUUACAUUGAUGCUGAUGCAUGCAUUUUAUGGGGUGUAUUUUGCCGUGCUUCGUUCAAAGUUAAUGGACUUAGUGAUGCCGAAAGUCGAGCCUUGUUCAGCUACAUUCGUUUCGAGACUAUUAGAGCUUUUGUCGAGGAUUCUAAACAGUUUUUAGAAAAUUUGGAUAAGGAAUCACUUCGAUAUAAACCUUUCCUUCCACAAUCUCUAGCAGUUGCUUUGACGAGAAUGGAGCAAAACGCAGACAAAGCGCCAACUGAAUUGUUUACUGAGGAUCCGUUUGUUAUAAAAUUAUAACCGUUAGAGUUAGACUAUACCAGGUAUAGUAUACCUAGAAUUUUAUUUUUUACAUGUUAACGGCAGCGAUGACAAGAAUAAGCGAUGAACUCUACCCAAUGCCGAAUUAUGUAUAAUAAUAGAGUGUUUCAGUGAUAACCUCAAUGUGGGGUAAAAUGAUGAUAGUUGACAGGGAUGUGCAA